AUGGAUGGAAUAAAUGGAUCAGAUUUACCGCCCGUUAAGGAGGAGACGUUUUGUAAAUACGUCUUAUAUUAUGAAAUGAAUAACUCAAGUGUUCGUAUAUGGGAUCUAAUAAUAUUAAUACCCAACGCCCUAUUCGUGCUGUUCCUAGUGGUAAGAUUCAACAAGGCACAGUUGAAGUUGAGAGCAACGAGUAGUCCAAUAUUUUUAACAUUUUACUCGCUUGUAUGGGGCAAUGUAAUCAUCAGCUUGAUACGAUGUGCUGUCUCAAUGACCUUAAAUGCAGCAGUGCCGGUUGGUGGGCUUGUUGACAAAGUGUUGUGGGUCACAGUGCGGUUUUUUUUACUCGCUACAGAAUUGAGUGUAGUUAUAUUUGGUUUGGCUUUUGGUCAUAUGGACAGUCGUAGCAGCAUCAGAUAUGUACUUUUGGCAACAUCUCUUAUUUCCCUUGCUUUUACGGUAACUCAAGGAACACUGGAGUUGAUGAUGCCUAAUGACCUGUUUCAUGUAGACAAUGGGGAGUAUUACUUGUUUGGUCAUGGUGGAAUGUUGUUUUGGUUCAUAUCAUCACUAGUAUUUGCCGUUAUAUAUUUCAUAAUACUAUUAUUGCCUUGGAUACCAUUAAGGGAAUAUUUGGCUUUACCAACGAAAUUGUCCUUCUACCUAUACGUAUUACUUCUCGCGCUACUCGACACGACGCAGGCGGUGGGCGCGGGCCUGCUCACGUGGGGCUCGAUGCCGUCGGGGCUCUGCGUAGUCGACGUGACCACGUGGCUAUACUUCUCCUUAUACACACCGCUAGUUUAUCACACUUUUCUGAGUGAAUUCUUCAGUGUAUCACAACCAAGCAUCAUGUUCUCGUACAAGGCUCAGAUGGACGAGCCGAUGGACGACGACCAGGUGUCUCUGCCGCAUCAACAGAGCUUCAGCUCGCUGAAAACUGACUCCGAUUAUAUUUAUCAGCAGAGCAAUAGCGUAUACGAUAGUACACUAUUCGAAGCUGGCGGGACGACCCCGAUGAACCCAGUGUACAGUGCGUCCCUACAGAGUCCCGACUCGAUAGCCUCGGGACAAUCCCUAGACAUUGGAACAACGGGAUUCCCCCAAAAUAUGCUAUCCACA